GCCACCGUGGAGACCGAGGCCGCGGCGGCCUGGCGCGAGACGAUGCACGCGCGCAGCGCGUGGGUCAUUGUGCAGGAGGUGGCCGACCACCAGGAGGCGAAAGCAGCGGAGUACAGGCGCCAGGCAGACUUGGCGUAUGACAACUACCAGGACGCCUACAAGAAAGCCAUG